AUGCCUAAAAAUGUUUUUUCUCAAACGUUUGUAGACACGUGGCAAGAAACAAAUGCCGAGAUAAUAAAAAGCUGCUUCAAAAAAACUGGCAUCUAUCCGUUCAACCCUGAUGUAUUAACACAGGAUAUUUUUGAACCAGCUGCCUACAAACGAUUUAAAGAAAAGCUAUGCACAAAUGCACUCAAAAAUCCGAAACCCCUGCAAAAUUUAUGUAUUGACGUUUCUAAAAAAAUUUUACAGUUUGCACCUGACUUAGAAGAACAAGUGGAACGAGUAGUUACACACACGAAUACUCAAAAUGUCACCUUCUUAUCAGACCUUUCAAGAAAAGAUAAUCAGACGCAGUCUUUUUUGGCAAAUAAUAUUUCCAGUUUACCAGAUUGUCUAAAAUGCAAGCAAAAUGUAAAGCCUGAGCCAAAAAUUAAAAUUUUAUCCAAUGUAAAGGUCAAUUUUGAAGAAUUGCUGCUCGACAAAAUAAAACAGGAUAAGAAGGAUAUUAAUUAUCAAACAAAGAAAACACUUGUUACUAAAGGAGCUGAAAUAAUAACUUCUAAACAAUUAGAAGACAAGGAAAAGCAAAGUAACGAAACAGCGUCACAAAAAGCUAAGCCGAAAAAAAGGAAGUCAAUAAAAGAUAUAGAUUUCGCAGAUGCGGGACCUUCAGGUAUAAAAAAAGUGAGUAAACAGAAAAAACAGGGUAAGAAAAAACAUAAAAAGGAAAUAGAUUCGAAUGAAUCUUCGUCUGAUAUUUCUGAUUUUAUAAGCCUCUACAGUGACGACAUAGACAUUGAUCAAUAUUAUAACGAUGAAAUACUCAGAGAAGAAAAUUGGCCAGAUGAUUUAAAUUUUGAGAUGGAGACUUUAAAUUCUUUGGAAAAAUAUGAGAAUAAAGAAAUUUCAAAUGAAGUUAAAGAAUGCGAAAAUGGAAAUCCUCAUACCAAAACUAAAAAUAAAAGUGUGGGUAAAAAGAGUAAAGCAAAAGAAAAUAACCAAGGCUCAAAAGAAACUAAUAAGACUGAUGAUGACUCUAGUGUAGUAGGUAAUAUUAACAAAAAUUUAACAAAUACCACAGAAAUUGAAACACUACAAGAAAAUUACUGCAUAAAUGAUUCCGUGUUAGUGAUAUUACGUUAG